CCACCAAUUAUCAACGCCAAACUCCCGAUGUUCUCGCCCCUUCAUUUUUGUGACUCCAUUCCUUAAAACCCUUGUCCAAGUUCCUCUCUUUGCUCCUUCAGUUCUUAUCAAUCCCCCUAAUUUCACUUACCCUUUCUGCUAUCUUACCCAAAAGCCUCAAAUCGCAACUGGGUAUGUCCCAAUUUUAAUUAUUUCUUUCGAAUUUUCAAUCUUUAGGGUUUGCUCUGCCAAAACCCCUUCCCAAAUUCGUAGCUCUUAACGUAGUGGAUCUAAAGCUAAUUCCGAGAAGUAAGUUAUGUUGUACUCUUCACUGUUAUAAUCAAUUAUCUCGUUGAUUGCUAAUUAGGUCUAAUUCUUGCUUCUUAAACUUCGAAUUUUGAAACCCUAGUUUUUUUUUUUGUCGAUUUAACCCAAUGUCUGAGGGGUAUGCAAUUGAGCUUUAUUUUGAUCCCGCUCUUGAAAACCAAGUUUUAAAGGCAUGGAAUGUGGUCGCUCGUCGCCAAAUUAGCACUCACCUUAUAGAAAUCGAAUCUAGACCUCAUAUUACUCUCUUUUCUAGCCCUUUUAUCGAUCCAUCAAAGCUUGAAAACAUCGUAAAAGGAUUUGCAUCAAAGCAAGACCCUUUACCCUUAUCUUUUGGUUCAAUCGGAAGCCUUCCAAAUGACAACAAUGUCUUAUUCCUUGCUCCAACUCCUACUUUACCCCUCCUUCAAUUCCAUUUCCAAUUAUGUGAUGCGAUGAAGAGGGAAGGAAUUGAAAUUGGGGAAGAGUAUCGCCCAGAUUCAUGGAUUCCAUUCUGUCCUGUUGCUGAAGAGGUUCCAAAGAAUCGAAUGGCUGAAGCUUUUACAGUUUUGAGGGAUUUGAAGUUGCCUGUUACUGGAUAUGCGAUGGAUAUUGGAUUGGUGGAAUACUCUCCUGUUCGUGAACUCUUUUCCUUUGUGCUUGGUAACUCGGUUGAAUCUUGAAUCUUGAAUCUUGAGGUUUGAGUCUUUUUAAAGAUAUUUGUUCUUCGUGUUCAUGUUCAUGUUUGUGUUGAUUAAUAUUUAAUAUUUAUCUUUUGAAUUUGAUGUCGUCUAUUUCUGUUGUAAAAAACUUAUUGUAGAAUACCAUUGGUUAUUUGUUCUCAUAUAAUAUUAUGACAUGCUAUAAGUUUCUAUA